AGGCAUGGUGAUGGGAGAGUGAAUGCUAUGUGAAGAUCCCCUGGUUUUAGGUGUUAUGAGAAAAAUAGUAUCUGAUACCUCUUAACCUCUUUUGGGGUGUUUGUGUCAAGGAUGAUAUCAGUCAAAUAGGGUAAUUGAUAAUUACAAAGAACAAAGAGCCCAGCUUGGAUAGAACUUAAGUGUUUGAGAAGGGAAGUACUGUAUAAAUCCAGAAGGAGGUUUGGGCCAGGUUGUAAAGUGAUUUAAAAGCUAAACAAAGGAGUUUAUGUUUUUCUUUUCCCUUGAUACAAUAGAGAAAUAAUGAAUUGAUUGAGUAGAAGAGGGACAGUGUCAGACAUGAAUUUCAGGAAAAUAAUUUUGACUUGUCUAGAGGUUGGAUUGGAGUAGGGAGAGAUUUGAGGCAGGGAAAUUCCAAAUAAUUAGGAGGUCAUUACCAUAGUAUAGGCAAGAGAUGAUGAGGGUCUGAACUAGGGUGAUAGCUUUAUAAGUAGAAAGAGAGAUGAAUUCUCCAAAAAUGGGGAAGUUGAAAUGGCAAGAUUUGGCAACUGACUGUAUAUACAUGGUGAGGAAGAGUGAAGAAUCAAAGAAAACUCUCAGGUUAUGUACCUUAUUAAGAUGGUGCUUUGAACAAAAAACAGGUAAAGUUUGAUAGAGAAGCAGGUUUGGGGUAAAACAAAUGAGUUUUAUUUUGGGUGAGAUGUCCCUGAAACAUCCAUUUUAAAAUGUCUAAUGGAUAGUUUGUAUGCAGGACUCAAACUCUGGAGAGAGACUGGGGUUGAAUAUAUGAACAGGUGAUUUAUCUGCAUAGAGGUCAUAAUUGAGUCAUCUUAUGUUGUCAGGUGAGAGGCAACAUGGCAUAAUGGAUAGAAGGCCUGCCUUGAUGUUAGGACAGCCUGGUUUCAAGCUCUUUCUCUGACACAUGGGUUUAUGGGGACCCUGGUCAAAUAUAGUACAUUAAAAAAAAAAACAACCUUGAACUGGUUUAGAAUCAUUACUAAGUAUUGGUUCCCAGGCAAAAGAAUGGCCUAGGUAAUAGGUUUUAAAUGACUUGUCCAGGAUCACCCAGCUAGGAAGUGUAUGAGGCCAUAUUUGAAUCUAAGACCUCCUAUCUCUAGGCUUUGGCUCUCUAUCCACUGAGCCAUCUAAGCUGUGGCAAAUCAAUUAACUUUUAGUAUUAGAUAGCUCUCUAGAUUCUAAGUUGCAAAACAGUUUUAGAUGUACAUUGAUGGGAUUUUCCAAUUCUCCACACCAUGAAAUCACAGGUCUGGAAAAAAAAAUGCAUGGCACUAUGGGAUACAAAGAAAAGUACAGAAAAAGGGAGGAAUUGACCAUGGUAAUUUACAAUAACAUAUCUUUGUCAUUGUGUCAGGCUUAGAUCCAUAAGGAGAAGGAAUGAUGUAUCUUUUAUUUAUCUCAGGAUAUAAGAGUGUGGUGUCCUUGAAAAAAGUAGUUAUCUAAGUGGAAAAAGCCCCAUUAUCUGGGUUUCUUUAAUAUACUGUAUAAUAAAGUUUGUGACCUCAGGCGAGUCAUAUGACCUCUCUGAGCCUCAGUUUUCUCAUUUGUAAAGGAAAGGAUAGAUAAUUUUUAAAGACUUCCUUUGUAGAGUUGUGUACAUGAUUGGGCUCAAAAAAGUUUAUCGAUCAUGACGGAUUGAGUUGGAAAGCUCCCCUGUGCCUCGGUGUUACUACUUGCCCUCAUUUCUUUUCUGAGGUCAUUCUUUGGGCUUAUAUGUAGAGCAAGUGUUUUUUUAUAUUUCAUCUCCCCCAAAUUUACUCCUUUUCUCCUCAUCUAACUCCUCUGCUCCUGGUUAUCAUUUCUGUUCGGUAUGAAGCACCUAUCUAAGACACGGCCCUCCCACACAUAUGCCUUACUUUUGGCAAACUGCCUAUAUGGUUAUGCAAUUACUGGGAUGUUGUAUUCUUUUCUUGGUGCAUUUUGCUAACUAUCCCUACCUCGACAGCCCUGUAGAACUAGGAUGGCUCAUUAUAAAUAGAAGAAAAGUCUUAAUGACUGGACUCUUGCUCAAAGUGGCUGUCCAAUAAGAGUAUGUGGAUGACUCCUUUGACUGUGGACACCUUAGUAGAUAUCACCUAGGGAACCUUGCAAGAUUAUUUGUAACUUCUGGAAAGGAAAAUUCCAUCUUCAUUAAUUUUGAUCCCCUAUCCUGGCUAUCAUUUGACUUUAGAUCACAAAAUUUUAAGAAUUAGAAUGUGAUUUAAUAAUGUACUAUUUUUAGUUACAUUUUGAUGACCAUGUUACUGAGACAAGUUAGAUAAUAAGCGUGUUUAUUAAUAAAACACUUCAAUAUAGACUUAGUGUUAAAAAAUAGGAACUGUCUCGUUAAAGUGAGUUUUGGUUCAGGCUUGUUAGUGAAUCUCCGAGAUGGAAUCUGCAUUUUCUACUGCAUUUCUUUUUGUCCUUUUGCCAAUUUAAGUUUGUGAAAUAGGUGAAUUUUACUAAAGAUUUGUGGUCAUACUUUUUUUCUUUCUGACCUCAUCUUUGCCUUAUUAUCCCUAUAUUUACCAUGAAGAUAAUAGGAACAUUAAUACUUUUAGAUAAUCUAUCUGGCAGACUAUAAGUGCUUAGGUGUAAUCAGGACCUCCAACAUGUAUAGUGAAUUGUUUGAGAAAGCUCAGCAUUGGUAGAAGGAUGAGCAAGCAUAGAAAAGAAAAAAAACAGAAGAAAGAAAGGAACAAAUUAGAGAAAUGCAUACUUUACUUGUUAAUUCAAUAGAUAUUUAUUAAGCUCAGGAAUUUUGGUUGGUAAAAGAAAGUGGACCCUGACAUCUAGGACCUUACAAUUUAUCUGUGUUAAUUUUCGUUUUGCUUCAUAUAUUGGUGAUCACAUGGUGUUGCAGAAAGAACCAGCUGGAGCUGUGGUUUGGGGUUAUGGUGAAGUUGGAGGCAUUGUGAUGGUGACUCUGCAACAAGCUCAGAAAACCAUCAUGAAGAAGAUAGCUUAUGUGAAAGAACAAUCUGAGACCUGGAUCGUGGUACUGGAUCCUAUGAAGCCUGGUGGGCCUUAUAAUAUGACGGCAGAGCACAUCACCAAAAAGAAGAUAUUUAGCCAGACAGUAUAUGAUGUCUUAUUUGGAGAUAUUUGGCUCUGCAGUGGGCAAAGUAACAUGGAGAUGACAGUUUCUCAGAUUUUUAAUGCUUCUGAGGAGGAGGCAAGGGCUGUUGCCUAUCCAUUUAUCCGCAUCCUUACUGUUGCUCUUGUUGAGGCAAAAGAGGAGCUGGAGGACCUUAUUUCAGUUGAUUUGCCAUGGUCUCUGCCUACCCCAAAAAACUUGGGCCAUGGAAAUUUUACUUAUUAUUCAGCAGUAUGCUGGCUGUUUGGGCGCUAUUUGUAUGAUACCCUGAUGUAUCCCAUUGGACUGGUCUCCUCCAGCUGGAGUGGAACACCAAUAGAAGCCUGGUCAUCUUGGCGGUCUUUGCAAUCCUGUGGGGUCACAAUGGAAGAAAAACAGCUUUGUUUCCCCAGUCUAUAUAAUGGCCCCACUGACCACUCAGUACUUUGGAAUUCAAUGAUCCAUCCACUACUCAAUAUGACAUUAAAAGGAGUGGUAUGGUACCAGGGAGAGAGUAAUGCAUACUAUAACACUGAUUUGUAUAACUGCACCUUUCCUGCUCUUAUUGAAGAUUGGCGCCAGGCUUUCCACUAUGGCUCUCUGGGACAGACACAGCGACUUUUCCCUUUUGGAUUUGUGCAAUUAUCUACAACUACAUCUAAGAAAAAGGAUGAUGGAUUCCCAAGAAUCCGUUGGCAUCAAACAGCUGAUCUUGGCUACGUUCCCAAUGUGAGGAUGCCCAAUACCUUCAUGGCUGUGGCAAUGGACCUCUGUGACAGAGAUUCUCCUUUUGGAAGCAUUCACCCUAGAGAUAAACAGACUGUGGCCUAUAGGUUGCAUUUGGGGGCACGUGCUAUAGCCUAUGGAGAAAAGAUGCUUCCAUAUCAGGGUCCACUCCCUGAAAAAAUAGAACUUUUGGCUGAUGAGAAGUUUCUCAAACUUUAUUAUGAACAGAAAAUCCAGGUGCAGAAGUUAGAUGACAAGAUCUAUGAGAUCUUAUGCUGCAGUGGUCAUCAGUGUAAGUGGAUUCCAGCUCCCAUGGGCAAUUCCUCCUCCCAAACUCUAGCUCUUAAAGUUGAUUCCUGUCAUGGCACUGUGACUGCUCUCCACUAUGCCUGGACUACAUGGCCAUGUGAAUAUAAACAGUGUCCCAUUUACAAUCCUAGCAGUACCUUGCCGGCCCCACCAUUCAUCACAUUCAUUCCAAGUUAAGACUCCUGGUUGGGCUAAAUUUGGGGAGAAAUGAAAAAAAAAAGUGGAAUUAGGCUGAAAUGCUGAUUUGAAAUUCCUGUGUUUUUUUUUUUUUUACAAACAAUCAUGGGUGACCCUUUAAGGAGCCAGACAGAUCCUGUGGAUUUGGUAUUUUAGAUAGAAAAGGAUCACUAGCAUUGUUACUUUCUCAUGGAGGUUCUUCACAUUCUCAUAAGUGAGGAACAGUUUGGGAGGUACUAUUCGGAAUUUAAAAUUCAAAUGCUGAGGGAAAGUUGGUUUGCUUUAAAGAAAAGAUUUAAAGUAAAAUUAAUGCCCAAUUUGUGUCUCUAAAUUUUUCGGUUUUAUAUAUUUCUAAAGGCAAAUCUUUAAUAUAAAAAUAAAAUUACUUUGGUUAUUCUAA